AUGUGUGACGCGGGAGAGAGCAACGCGGCGGCCGUGAUGGCGGCGAAGUACUUCGUGUACGGGUCGGGGCGCUGGCGGGCGCUGGACGUGGCGUCUGGUCGCAUUGCGGGCUGGCGGCGGCGCGCGCGGUUUGUGUUCUUGCGACGCGGGCGGCUGCAGGUGGCGCGGCGCGGCGCCGUGCUGCGGGCGCUGCGGGCGCUGGCCGCGGGGCUGCCGGGGGCGGCGGCCGACGGGCCCCGCCUGCCCACUCGCAGGCCGGAGCGCGGCGCGGAGAGUGUCCGCGCAGUACACUCCUGUCCACACCACUGCUGCACGCACUGCCACAGCGCGGUGCCGUGUGGAGCACCAGGUGCGAGGGAGGGCGCAGUACCGCGCGUGUCCACCGUGACCGCCGCCACGUCACCGCUGAUGGCCGCCCCGGCCGUGACGUCACCCUGUAAGGCGGGACCCAGUGUCAGCUCGCCACAGAAAGCUGGUUCCACUGUAAACACGCCCCAAAAGGCAGGGCCCACGAGCUCGCCCCGUAAGCCUGGCCCCGCCGCCGUAAACUCGCCAUAUAAGGCUGGUCCUGCUGUAAGCUCGCCUCGUAAGCCGGGACCUGCUAUAAGCUCGCUGCGUGAGGCUGGGCCCGCUGUGAGCUCGCCCCGUAAGCCCGGCCCUGCUGUAAGCUCGCUUCGUAAGGUGAGGCCCGCUUCAAAUUUGCCCCGCAAGGUUCCCCCGGAAGAUGGCGAGCGCGCUCAGUAUCGCGAGCUAGUGAUCUCGGAGGCGGAGCUGUCGCUGGUGCGCGGGUACGUGUCGCGGUGGCGAGCUGGCGAGCUGGCUCAGUACGACGCGGACGAGCAGUACCGUCGCGCCGUGCUAUACUCCAUCCACCCCGUGGUCCGCCUGCGUCCGCUGGCCGCCGCAGUACUGGCCAAGUACCGGCCGCGCCGCGCCGCCCCGGCGGACACCGACACCGACCACGCCGACGACAAGGAGAACACGGCGGAGAGUACAAGGGAGGCGGGCCCCGCAGCGCGGCCCCAGCUGGCCAAGCGGCCCGGCGGCGCGGACCGCGAGGGCCCGAGCAAGCGGCCCCGGCUGGCGGAGCGCACCAACCGGGCCGCCUCGCCCGGACUGGCGCAUGUCAUCAGCAACCGGGCGGCGCCGGGCAAGGAGUACUCGAGUCUGGAGGACCACGCCAUCGUGGCCUGGCUCAGCGUCGGGGAACGAGCCACCCACGUCAAGGGCAACGCAAUCUGGCGCGAGCUGCAGCUGGUGUACCCGGCGCUGGGCGGGCGCAGUCGGUCCUGGCACUCGCUGCGCAACAGGUACCUGCGCUACAUCCUGCCCGCGCUGCCCGCGCUGCGCCUGCAGCCCGCCCUGCAGCAACGACUGCGCGCCGCCGCCGCCGCGGGCUCCACCAAGUCGAAGUCGGGCGCGCGCCGCAACUCGUUGCUGCACCAGACGCCGGUGCGCAGCGCGUCCAACAGAGUGGCCGCUCGUGCCGCCGGGUGCCACACACCCACCUCGCGCUCCAACUCCUCAUCGCCUGCAGCCUCGCCCGCGCGCAGUCCGCGGCGCUCGCUGCGGCUGCGGGACACCAGCGGCUCCAAGGCCAAGUCCCCCGCGGCCCCGCCCGAGCCCGCGGCCCCGGCACCGCCCGCGCCCGCGCCCCCUGCCGCGGCCGCGCGCCCCCAGCGCUACUCGGAGCUGACGCGGCAGUUCGCGGCGCGGCACCGGCCGCCCACCAUGGAGUCGGAGUCGUCCGCCAGCUCGACCAGCUCGACCAGCUCGAGCUCGCCGGGCAGCGCCAGGUCGAGCCAGGCCAGCUACAAGAGCCCCACGUUGCCUGCGCCCGCGCCGCGCUCCCUGCCCAAGCGAGCGACGCGCAAGCUGUACAACCCCAACUAG